GUAACUAAAUGACCAUGGAAUCUGGAGCAGAGAACCAGCAGAGUGGAGAUGCAGCCGUUACAGAGGCAGAAACCCAACAGAUGACAGUACAGGCACAGCCACAGAUUGCAACGUUAGCCCAGGUAUCUAUGCCAGCAGCUCACGCAACGUCUUCUGCGCCCACGGUGACCUUAGUUCAGCUGCCCAAUGGGCAGACGGUUCAAGUGCAUGGAGUAAUUCAGGCAGCCCAGCCAUCAGUUAUUCAGUCUCCACAGGUCCAGACAGUUCAGAUCUCCACUAUAGCAGAAAGUGAAGAUUCACAGGAGUCAGUAGACAGUGUUACAGACUCACAGAAACGAAGAGAAAUUCUUUCCAGACGACCCUCCUACAGAAAAAUUUUGAAUGACUUGUCCUCAGACGCCCCAGGAGUGCCAAGGAUUGAAGAAGAAAAGUCUGAAGAGGAAACAGCAGCACCUGCCAUCGCCACUGUUACGGUGCCAACUCCCAUUUACCAAACCAGCAGUGGGCAGUACAUUGCUAUAACCCAAGGAGGAGCAAUACAGUUGUCUAACAAUGGCACAGAUGGAGUACAAGGUCUCCAGACAUUGACUAUGACCAAUGCAGCUGCAACACAACCUGGCACCACCAUUUUACAGUAUGCACAGACCACAGAUGGACAACAGAUACUUGUACCCAGCAACCAGGUUGUGGUACAAGCUGCCUCAGGAGAUGUGCAGACCUACCAGAUUCGCACUGCCCCUACCAGCACCAUUGCACCAGGCGUAGUCAUGGCAUCCUCUCCAGCACUUCCAACACAGCCAGCAGAAGAGGCUGCACGGAAGAGAGAAGUGCGUCUAAUGAAGAACAGAGAGGCAGCACGUGAAUGUCGUAGGAAGAAAAAGGAGUAUGUGAAAUGUCUAGAAAAUCGAGUGGCUGUGCUUGAAAACCAAAACAAGACACUGAUUGAGGAGUUGAAAGCACUUAAGGACCUUUACUGCCACAAAUCAGAUUAAUUUGGGAUUCCCAUUUUCACUUGUCCAGGUGGGAUCGAGACUGGUUCUGGCUAUACCCAGAAAGACAAAGUAAACUUUUUAUUUUCUAAACAUUUCUUUUUUUCUAUGCGCAAAACUGCCUGAAGCAACUACAGAAUAUACUUCAUCUGUGCUUUGCAUCAAACUGUGAAUGUUCAAGUACUUGCCUCCACUUCUCCCCCCUACAAGAUUAUUUUCAUCAUCAGUCUCAGCGUAAGAAGAACAGGCUUCUUUGUCGUCUCCCCAUCCUCUUCAAGGAAUAACAGUGGUCACUUGGGAUGCUCCUGUGGGGAGGGUCCUUUUGUAAUGAUUUCAAGAGUUUGUGCUGACCUCUUUCCAUUGCCUUAGAGACAGAACCACCCCAGCCUCUUGGUCCAGAGAACUGUGGGCCACAUAGGUGGAGCAUGCAUGGUGCAAUGAAGAAGCAAUGGUUGCCAAACUGGUUUCACAUAUUCAGUAUGAACUCUAAAAAUACACGGCUAAGCGGCAUGCCAAAUGAAAGGUGCUUCACAGUCACGUUCUUGGUGUGGAGAUAACAUACCUUUUUCAAACUAGUCCAGGAGGGGUUUUGAUUUGUAAUCUGUAUUAAGCCCUCCUGGACUAGUAGAAACUUCUCCAUAACUCAGAAACAAAUUCAUUGAAAUGAGCUUCACAGGUCAGUUGUUGCUUCUCGAAGCUUAUGUGUCCAGGUGUGUUCAGCAUUCUGAAUGCACAAAAAGCAAACACCAACUUCAUAGGAUAUUGGUUGGGAAGUGAUAUUUGCGUGGAAAACAAAUUCAGAAUGAAACAGAUAAAAUAGUGACGUUUAGAAAACAGUCACAUAGUAAUCAAGGGUAACACAUGAAAGCCCUCUGCCUAUUUGUAUGCAGAACAACUAAGCAAUUGAAGCAUGGCCAACUCCACAUACAUACUCCCUGAUGACAGUAUAGUUUGCGUCCCAAGUCCUCUCAAGCAAUGAGGUUAUUUCUGUUUCCCUACCACUAUCUUAUGUAAUGGAAAUUAUUGUACUCAAUGGAAACAUCAGCCUGGUUUGCUAGAUUCUUUUUCAAACUUUGAGGCUGGCUUCCAUGCAUAAAUUAAAUUGCAGUGUGACAACUGCCGGGACAACCUCAAAUAUUGAAGAGGACUUCAGACACAACUUCUGCUUCGCAAGGGACAAUAUUAAUUAUUUGAACCUGGCCAGGCUAGCUAAAUUCUUAAUUUAUACAAAAUUUUCAGAUUUACUGAGUAAUUUAUUCCUGUAAGUAAAAUCACUCAUGUGCCUCAGACAUUUGAGAUCAAAUUUUUUUGUGUGCUUUGAGGAAAUGUGAUCUUUCCUAGAUAUACAUUGUUAAAAAGGUAGCUCAUGUUUAAAAACUCUCUACUAAGCAUUAGGACUUC